AUGGGCAACACCACCAGCGCAGUCCUGGACAACCUCGUCCAAGGAUCCAACUUCGACAGAGAGGAAGUUGAUCGUCUGCGAAAGCGAUUCAUGAAACUGGACAAGGACAACUCCGGUACGAUCGAGCGCGAUGAAUUCCUCAGUCUUCCUCAGAUCUCUUCCAACCCUCUGGCAACACGAAUGAUUGCCAUCUUUGACGAGGAUGGUGGCGGUGACGUCGAUUUCCAGGAGUUCGUUACAGGUCUUUCGGCGUUUAGCAGCAAGGGAAAUAAGGAGCAGAAGCUUCAAUUCGCCUUCAAGGUCUACGACAUUGACCGCGAUGGAUACAUCAGCAACGGAGAGCUUUUCAUUGUCCUCAAGAUGAUGGUUGGCAGCAACCUCAAGGACCAGCAGCUGCAGCAGAUUGUGGACAAGACCAUCAUGGAGGCCGAUCUCGACAAGGAUGGCAAGAUUAGCUUUGAGGAGUUCACCAAGAUGGUGGAAAACACCGAUAUUAGCAUGAGCAUGACUGUUGACCAGUUCUAA